AUUUGAGAGUCUGACCGGGGGUAUUAUUAUCUGAACCUAGCGCAGAGUCUGAACGCUCCAGAUGUUGAAACAGACACAAGGAAGGACGCGGCGAGGGUCUGUGUGGCUCACUCCUGUUGGUUUAGCCAAAAACACAGGACGGAAAGCGGACAGGAAAUUUGCAAUCUCAAACCGCGGACGAUUCUGUGUGAUUUAGCUGUGUGCGUGUCUGGAUUGCUCGGCAUUUGACGCUCUGGACAUGCGUGGGGUUGCAGCAGGAGGGCUUGUCUAAAGUUUAAACAGCAGAGCUGUUACAAGGUACAGUUGACUGUGAUAAGGCAGAGGUGGGAUGAUGAGAGUGAUGGCUUUCCCUCUGUUCCUACUGAUAGCCUGUCUGGUCUCGUCGCGUGUCGGAGGGGCUUUCUUUGCGGGGCCCCUGCACCCGGAGAUGUCCAACGGCACCUUUCAUCAUUAUUUCGUGCCGGACGGCAACUAUGAAGAAAACGACGAUCCCGAGAAAUGUCAGAUGCUGUUCAAAAUGACCGACAAUCGUAAAUGCACCUUGGACGAGGACCAGGACUCGGUGAUCCGGGACGAUUUUAUCAUCAUCAAGCGGCACAUCGAGGACGCAGCGCGGGUGCUCGAGGGCAUCGGGAAGAGCAUCUCCUUCGACCUGGACGGAGAGGACAGCUAUGGGAAAUACCUGAGACGGGAGACGACCCAGAUCAGCGAGGCGUUUUCUAACUCCGAGAAGUCUCUUCUGGAGCUGGAGGUGAAAUUCAAACAGAGCCAGGAAAACGAGCUGAAAGAGGAGCAUAAGAUCAGCGACGACUUCCUCGGCAUGAUCGUGCACACGCGCGACGUCUUGAAGGAGACUCUGGACAUCUCGCUGGGACUGAAGGACAAGCACGAGCUGCUGUCGCUCAUCAUCCGGAGUCACGGGACCCGGUUGAGCCGUCUGAAGAACGAGUACAUGAAGGUGUAGAGGACUGCUGUCUGCCUUCAGUAUGCAGGCAAAUCUCAAACUGUCUUUAUGAUAUUUAACAUUAAUUCCUUCAAAUUAAGUUGUAAGUUACUUGUACUUGUUUUUAGUAGCUAAUUCCACCCAUUGUUAUCUUUUUCCGUUUAUUUAAAGGGGUCCUAUUAUGCUCUUUUACAAAGUCUUGAUUUUGUUUUGGGGUGUAGCUACUACAACAUGCUCUAAUGCUUGGUGGUUUCGAAAAACGCAUUAUUUUUCACAUAAUUUACAUUAUUGUAAUAUCUUUCUCCUCAGCCUGGCACCAACGACUCCAUUAGUUUGGGUUAGAUGAAGGUCCGCCUUCCGAAAAACCAAAAGUGGUGGGAUUGGUUAGCUGUCCCAGUGCGUUGUGAUUGGAGAACAGUUUAGACUGUGUUUCAGUACUGCCCCGCCCCUUGCCAAAACAGCAAGUUCCGUCUGCUCUGAUAUAGUUAAGGAUGGCAUCAAUAUUGCUUUAUCAGUUUGAUCCGUU